AUACCACCUGUUUCCGUGAACAAACAAACCCAGCCAAUGCUUCAACAAAAAUUACAAUUGAUUGCUCACAGCCUUCCUCCUGAGUGGGGGGUUUACUCCAUAUAUUGGCAACCAGAGAAAGACUUGAAUGGCCGCCUUGUUUUAUCAUUCUGUGAUGGUCAUUUCAAAGGCAACAAUUCUGGCUCACUCCAAGACUGUGAAAGGAAUUCAAGAAAUCAACAACAUGUUGGAGUGUCAAAGAGUUAAGGAAGCUCACAUCCAUGGCAUCGAGACACUGGUCUUUGUUUCCACAACAUCUGGUGGAGUUGUUGAAUUGGGUUCCUCAUAUGCAAUUGAAGAAGACCAGGUUCUUGUGCAACAUAUCAAAUCAAUGUUCCAAAUCAAGCACAUCAACACAUCUUCAUUUGGUACUGUGCCACAUAUUGAUUUAUCAGAAAUAACCAACAAGUCAUCUUCUGAUUCUCAUCGUCGUACGAAAGGGAAAAGGGCAGUAAUGAGUGCCAAUAAAUCACCAAUUGAGGCGGAGAGGCAGCGGCGAGAGAAGCUGAACCGACGUUUCUACGCGCUCCGAUCGGUAGUUCCAACUAUUUCAAAGAUGGACAAAGCAUCUUUACUUGCAGAUGCUGUGGCUUACAUUCAGGAGCUCAAGGCCAAAGUUGAUGAAUAUAAGGUCAAGCUUGACAUAUUGUCAUCACAAAAACCUAAUUUGAAAAAUGACAAUAAAAGUAGUAACUUUGAUCUUGAAGAGUCAUCAAGGGCAAUCCAAAAGGUAGUGGAUGUGGAUGUAAAGAUUAUAGGGUCUGAAGCCUUGAUCAGAGUUCACUGUCCGGAUGUGAACUACCCGAUCGUGAGACUGAUGGAUGUGCUGAGAGAGUUUGAGGUUCGAAUUCACCAUGCGAACAUAUCUAGUAUUGACGACAUGAUGCUUCAAGAUGUUGUGGUUAGGGUUCCGGACUGGUUGAGAAUGAGUGAGGAAGCUAUGAAGAGUAUUAUCAUUCAGGGGCUAAAAGCACAAUUGGGCUAAAUAGAGUUUGUAUGAUAUGGCGUAAUAAUCGAGUUCAUAGUGAACUUUUUGUUGCAUCAAGAUUUAAUGUGUAGGUCAACAUUGUGUUCUUGAUGAUUAUGUGCUAAAAUGUGUGUUAGCAUGCUUUAUUUGAA